AUGGCCUAUCCAGAAACUUUUUCAGGUAUUGCAAUCCUUGAUAACAAAGAGUACAAACAUCCAAAGAAGGUCGAUUUCGAACCAAAGGUUUUCGGUGAUUACGAUAUCGAUUUGAAAGUUGAAUGUUGUGGUGUCUGUGGUAGUGACCAUCACAUGGCUUGUGGGUUUUGGGGUGAAUCCGUUAAACCAACAGUAAUGGGACAUGAAGUUGUCGGUACUGUUGUCAAACUAGGCCCAAAAUGUAACACCGGUCUUAAAGUUGGUGACCGUGUAGGUGUUGGUGCUCAAGCAUUUGCUUGUCUUGAAUGUGAACGUUGUAAGUCCGACAACGAACAAUACUGUAGAAAGGGUGUUUGGACCAUUGGUGCUCCUUACGCAGACGGUUACAGCAGUAAAGGUGGUUUUGGUAACUAUGUUAGACUACACGAACAUUUUGCCGUUCCAAUUCCAGAAGGUUUAGACUCUGCUACAAUUGCACCUUUGUUAUGCGGUGGUAUUACCGUUUACUCACCAUUGUUACGUAAUGGCUGUGGUCCAGGUAAGAAGGUUGGUAUUAUGGGUAUUGGUGGUAUCGGUCACAUGGGUGUCAUGCUGGCCAAAGCCAUGGGUGCUGAAGUCUAUGCUAUCUCUAGAUCUAACGCUAAGAAAGAUGACGCUUUCAAAUUAGGUGCCGAUCAUUACAUUGCCACUAAGGAAGAACCUGAUUGGGCUACUAAAUACGAUGAUACUUUAGAUCUAGUUGUGAUCUGUGCUGGUUCCUUGACUGACAUUGAUUUCGAUGCUCUACCAAAGACAAUGAAGGUCGGUGGUAAGAUCGUUUCAAUUGCCGUUCCAGAAGCCUCAGAAAAAUUGACUAUGAGUCCAUUUGGUCUAUUAGGUGUUUCUAUUUCUAACUCUGGUAUUGGUUCAGUCAAAGAAAUUAAACAAUUAUUGCAAUUAGCUAAAGAUAAAGAUAUCAAGCCAUGGGUUGAAAAAGUCCCAAUGGGUGAAGACUCUCUUGGUGAAGUCUUUGCUAGAAUGGAUAAAGGUGAUAUCAGAUACAGAUUUACUAUGGUUGAUUAUGACAAGGUUUUCUAA